UGGAUUUCUUCUACCGCCCCGGCGCCGCCGGCGUCGCCUUCCCCAUCGACAGAGCCGAUCAGAACGGUGGCCAAAGGAGGAUGGCGGUGACGCCGCCGGCGACCGUGGCGCCACCAUUGCAGGGGCAGCAAUGCCAACCGGCUGGAACGGCGCCGACAGGAGGGAGCGGGUUGCGCCCUGGUGGCCGCCGGCUCAGAAUCAAGGUUCCGUCGGCUUCUCAGUUACCUCCCCUUCCCGAGGAUCUCGCCUACCUCUUCACCAACGUUGAAUUCUACAGCGAUGACGGCGAGGAGGCCCGCGAGGAGGAGGAGGAGGAGGCCAUGUUGUUAUGGAGCAGCGAGGAGGAGGAGGAUGGGGAGACCAUGUCGUCAGGGAGCAGCGAGGAGGAGGGGGGAGAUGGGGAGGACAUGUCGUCAGGGCGCAGCGAGGAGGAUGAGGAAGAUGGAGAGGACAUGUCGUCAGGGCGGAGCGGGGAGGGGGAGGAUUGGGAGGACAUGUCGUCAGGGCCCAGCGAGGGGGAGGAGGAAGAUCGGGAGGGCAUGUCGUCAGGGCGCAGCGAGGAGGAGGAGGCCGGCCAGGAGGAGAUGGAGGAGGAGGCCGGCCAGGACGAGAUGGAGGAGGAGGCCGGCCCGGAGGAGAUGGAGCAGGAGGCCGGCGAGGAGGAGGCCAUGUUGUCAGGGCACAACGAAGAUGAUCAGGUGGACGUGGAGGCCAUGCUGUACUGCCAUGAAGGGGAGGAAGCCUUGCUGUCACAGAACGAGGAAGGGGAGGAGGAGCCUGAGGAAGUCCAGGCCAUGUGCGAGCGAUGCGAUUCCCUGGAGAGGUUGGUGACGCUCUUACCGUGCAGGCACGCCUCCUACUGCGAACGCUGCUUCGCCAUCGUCGACCGCCGCCAGGGAGCAGGGCGGCUGUGCGCGGUUUGCUGGCAGCCCUAUGCGCGGGGGCACCCUCAGUCCGGAGGUCUGCAGCCCAAGCCGAAGAAGAGCUCCAAGUAAGGCAAGCGCCACUGCCGCCUGUUCAAACGUCGAACUCUGCUCCUGUUUCAGUUCGGCCAGUCUCCUGAUUCAUUCAUCUCGGGUGCAGUAACGGGUCGCCUGAAUCGAUCCCAGUUCUCAUUAUUUUGUGUCUGGUUGAUGGAGAACUAUACUUGCAGUUUUUCAUUGCUUGUAUGAUGCACAGUUCUCACAUGUGUUGGUACUCCAUCACUUGUGGAGUUAUGGUUGAUUGGUAACUGUAUAAACUUCUGUUCUAGCUUUU